CGCAUUAUCACUAUGGGGAAAUAACGUGAGCUUAAUGUCAGUGUUUUUUUCCUUCACAUUUCGCGAACUUUUAGGCUAAUCUUCGCUCAGCGCGCAUAGAGGUCCCAGACCUUUGAAGCCAUGAGGCGGAGUAAGGCUGAAGUGGACCGCUACGUUUCCACCGUACAGAGUUCUUCUCCUUCACUCAAAGAGAAGCCAGUCAAAGGAUUUUUGUUUGCAAAGCUCUACUAUGAAGCAAAAGAAUAUGAACUUGCAAAAAGGCAUGUAUCCGAGUAUCUCAAAGUGCAGGAGAGGGAUCCCAAAGCACACAAAUUCCUUGGACAGCUCUAUGAAAGAGAAGGAGAGAUCAAUAAGGCCAUCGGUUGCUACAAGCGAUCGGUGGACUUGAACCCACUGCAACGAGACCUGGUGCUGAGGAUUGCUGAGUUACUGAUCAGUAAGGAGGACUGCGACAGCAGAGCAGAGUUCUGGGUUGAUAAAGCUGCAAAGCUCAUGCCUGGAAACCCUCAAGUCUUCAACCUAAAGGAACGGCUGUUGAGUCGCCAGGGCCAGAAGGGCUGGAACCAGUUGUUCGAUCUCCUCCAAGCAGAGCUGGCUGCGCGACCGGCUGACGCUUACGUGAAUGUAAAGUUGGUUCAGCUGUUUUGUGAGGACGGUCAGAAGGAUGAGGCCGUAAAGCAUUGCCUGGCUACAGAGAAAAAAGGUCUGCUACGCAACAGUGCAGAGUGGUACAAUGUGCAGUUGAACACUUUACAGGAUUAUCUGGCUCAGCCCAGCGUUUCAAGCAAUGAGAAGAUGUGUCGACGUCUCCAGAGAGAAGUACUGCUGGCACACUGCAACCUGCUGCGCAUCAGACUUUCUGAGAGCGGCGUGCAGCCGAGCCUCGAUGCAUUCAGAGGUUUUGAUAAAGCCAUGCAGGAACUGACCAGCGUUGCCGGUCGGUUCACCGAUGAUCUUUUUGAGGUGUUUUGGGAGAUGAGAGCUCACCUCUACCUGCAUGCUGCCACGCUGCUGCUGAAAAUGGCUCAAGAUCGGCAGGAGACGUGGAGAUCCGUCGUUGACCUGGCCGCGCUGUGCUACCUGCUGGCAUACCAGUCUCCCAGACCAAAGGCAAAAGUGACCAAAAGGGACCAGUCUGCUCCGCAGCUCCUGGAGCUGCUGGCCAAUGACCGGCAGAGUCAGGCUGGGCACAUGCUGUUCAAUCUGAGCAAAGAUGUGUUUACUUUGAUCAAAGAGGUGGUGGAGGCAUUUGGAAACCGUAGUGGUCAGGAGUCUCUGUUUGAACUCCUGUGGGGUCAGCAGGCUUCCCCUGCAUCCUCUUUUAUCGUCAACGAUGACAUUCGCUCUCUCAGCUCUUUGGCUCCAGAGCUCUCCCAACUGGCUAAAUGGGACACGGGCUCCAUCUUGUUGCACAGUGGUGAACUGCAGCAUUUGAGCUGGUUGGGGCUCCAAUGGACUCUUCUAGAGCAGAGGCCACCCAUGCGGGACUGGCUGCAGCAGCUGUUUCCAAGGCUUACACUGGAAACAUCCAAGUUGGACACCAAUGCACCAGAGUCCAUCUGUCUGCUAGACCUUGAGGUGUUUCUAAAUGGGGUGGUUUUCUGCAGCCACUGUCAGCUUCAGGACACGGCAAAGAUCAGCCGCAGCCUGAGCCCACAGAAGCAGCAGCAACUUUUCGAGCCCCGCUGCCUUCCUCUUCCUCUGCUUCGCCUCCUGACCACAGACAGGCAGAGGGAGUGGUGGGACGCCAUCUACAGCCUCAUUCACAAACGAGCCGCUCCUGGUACAUCAGCCAAGCUGCGAAUGGUUAUUCAACAUGGACUGAACACUCUGAGAGCUGGAGAGAAACACGGGCUUCAACCGGCGCUGGUGAUCCACUGGGCGCAGAGGCUCAGCCAGACGGGUGAUGGAAUAAACUCAUAUUACGACCAGAAGGAGUACGUUGGCCGCAGCGUCCACUACUGGCGAGUCGUUAUGCCUCUGUUGGAGAAAAUAAAAAACAGACGGAGUAUACCAGAACCCCUGGACCCUCUCUUUAUACACUUUACUUCUAAGGAUAUUCAGAUUUCUUCUGUGAAAGCUUAUGAAGAAGAAGCCGAAAUAGCUUAUGCUGUUCUUCUGGACAUUGAAGGCAGAACAGAGGAGGCUAUUGCGACUUUGGAAAGCAUCAAUAACAUGUCAUCCAUCUGGCACUUAGCACAGAUAUAUCAGCGGCUUGCAGAGGAGGCCAGCAAUGGUUUGGAGGAGACCCAAGACAGGUGUAUCACUUUUCUAAGGAAGUUCAGGAACUAUCUGUCUAAGAUCUACAAUGCCAAUGCAGAGGACAUUGAAAAGCUGCCGGUGUCCAUGGAGGAAGUGUUGGACCUCCUGAACGACGUCAAUCAGCAGCUUGGGGAAACUGGGGAGGUCAUGGAAGAGGAGGAACAGCAGGAGCUGGAGCUUCGGCGAGGACCACUUCACUCUAGCCCUGCUCGCCUCACAGACACCAGUGCAGGCAUAUCGCAUGUUAAGUUUGCUUCUCCCUCUCCAAGCAAAAGCAUUGUUUCUCCCUCCAAACGACUGAUUUCACCAAAGACGCCACCUCACUGGGUUGAAGACCAGAAAAGUCUCCUUCAGAUGUUAUGUCAGCAGGUGGAAGCCCUCAAGAAUGAAGUCCAUGAUCUAAAACACAAUGCAUCAGUAAACUCUGGUUCUCCGCACCAUAAACUGUAUGGUGAGAACUACAGGGCUGACAGCUUACAGGAGCCAUUUACCCCAGUCCAGUCCUACCAUGGAGCCCCUCUAACUGUUGCUACCACAGGCCCUCCUGUUUAUUACAACCAGUCCCCUCAGUAUCUACUGCGGACAGCUGCGAAUGUAACUCCCACCAAGGGUCCAAUGUAUGGUGUGAACCGUAUGCCACCCCAGCAGCAUAUGUAUGCCUACCAGCCGCCCACUCACACACCCCCACUGCAGACAGCCCCGCCCUGCAUCUACCCUCCCCAAGAACAAGUUUUUAGUUCCCCUCUUCGGUUUGAGUCUCAGGCCACAGGUCUUCUUUCUCCAUAUAGUGAAGAAUAUUAUGGGCAGAAUGUCCCUCAGCAGACCACCAACCCAACUCUGCCUGAACCUGGCUACUUCACCAAACCGUCUGUACCCCCUGUUCAACCACCAAAGAAUAUGGAAGGGAAGCCCAUGGACUUUGGGAAGCUUUCCUUCAGCCAGCAGGCUUCAGAUGAUGUCCACAGAGUACCCAGUUUCGGAGCAGGGGCAGCAGCUCAGUCUACACCCCAACCUCCCUUCAGUUUCAACUCCUACCUGAAAUCCAAUGAAAGAGAUUUAAGUUUAUCUACAUCCCAAACCAAACAAAGCGAGAGUUUGCUCGGCCUCCUCACGUCAGACCUCCCAGCAAAAACUGACACAGUUCCAGAGAAGCCCUCCACGCAGCAGCAGCCCCCUAGCAACCAGGGCAUCUUUACGUUUGGAAAUAAAAACAUAAGCAGCUUCUCUUUUGCAGAUUCCACUUCCAAAACAGCGGCUGGAGGCGUCUUUGGGAAGGUGGAACAGCCGUUUAAGUUUGGUGAAGUCACCCUCCCAGCGUUUGGCAUUGGCAAGACAUCAGAGCCGGAGAAGUUGGCAGAGAGUGACAAUGAGAGCACCCAUGCUGAGGAGGAUGAGGACGGUCCUCACUUUGAACCCAUUGUCCCCCUUCCUGAUAAGGUGGAUGUGAAAACGGGUGAGGAAGAAGAGGAGGAGAUGUUUUGCAACAGGGCGAAGCUCUACCGAUUUGACACGGAGACAAAAGAAUGGAAAGAAAGAGGAAUCGGCAAUGUUAAAAUCCUCAGACACAACACUAAAGGGAAGGUGCGCCUCUUGAUGAGAAGAGAGCAGGUCCUUAAGAUUUGUGCAAAUCACUACAUUACUCCAGACAUGCUACUGAAACCAAAUGCUGGCUCAGACAAAUCAUGGGUGUGGAACGCCAUCGACUAUGCAGAUGAAGAGCCUAAACCGGAGCAGCUGGCCAUUCGCUUCAAAACUGUAGAUGAGGCGGCUCUAUUCAAAGCCAAGUUUGAGGAAGCCCAGAAAGUGGUGCCGGAAUCUCCAGAAAAGCAGAAGCAAGAGAAAAAAGAGGAAACCUCCAAGGAGUUUGACUCUCUAGCAGCUCGAUUUGCCCCUAAAGAGGGCGAGUGGGAGUGCGGUGUGUGCUGUGUCAGAAAUACAGCAAUGGCUACGCAAUGUGCCGCAUGCAACACUGCCAAUCCACAGUCCUCAUCAAAACAAGAACUUCAGGUUACAGGUGAACCCAAAUCCAGUCCGUUCACCUUUAAAUUUGGUACAGAUUCAUCAAAGCCAACCGGUUCAAGCUCCACGUUUGCUGGAUUUGGUGCUUCAUCAAAGCAAACCGGCUCAAGCUCCAUGUUUGCUGGAUUCGGUGCUUCAUCAAAGCCAACCGGUUCAAGCUCCACGUUUGCUGGAUUCGGUGCUUUUGGAACUUCAGUGCCCUCCUCCUUUACAUUUGGGGGCAGCGCUACCAAGUCUGCUGACCAAACGGAUAGUCCGUUUGGUUUUAGCCUUAAUUCACCAUUUGCCACAAAGCCAGAGCAGUGGGACUGUGCCAAGUGUUCUGCAAAGAACGAGGCCUCAACAAACAGUUGUGUCUUUUGUAAAGCUCCUAAAACUACAGUUAAAACAUCCUCAGUGGCACAAAUAGCUCCAGCAACAGAACCUCUUCCUGCAGAGGCCCCCAUAUCGGCACCUGACGCUGGAUUUGCUGUACGCUUCAGCAAGAAGCCUGGACAGUGGGAUUGUAAUGUUUGCGAAGUAAGAAAUGAAGCAUCUGCUGAUAAAUGCGUUGCCUGCCAAAGUCCAAACGCAGCCUCCAAAUUAUCCAGUGGAGCUCCAGCUGCAUCAAAUGCUCAAGGAGUGUCAGGAUUUCGGGCUGAAUCUGCCAAUAAAUUUGGUACAGAUAAAUCAAAGCCACCCAGUUCAAGCUCCACGUUUGCUGGAUUCGGCGCUUUUGGAACUUCAGUGCCCCCCUCCUUUACAUUUGGGGGCAGCGCUACAAAGUCUGCUGACCAAACGGGUAGUCAGGUUGGUUUUAGCUUUAAUUCACCAUUUGCCACAAAGCCAGAGCAGUGGGACUGUGCCAAGUGUUCUGCAAAGAACGAGGCCUCGACAAAUAGUUGUGUCUCUUGUAAAGCUCCUAAAACUACAGUGAAAACACCUGCAGUGGCACAAAUGACUCCAGAAACAGAACCUCUUCCUGCAGACGCCCCCAUAUCGGCACCUGACGCUGGAUUUGCCAUACGCUUCAGCAAGAAGCCUGGACAGUGGGAUUGUAAUGUUUGCGAAGUAAGAAAUGAAGCAUCUGCCGAUAAAUGUGUUGCUUGCCAAAGUCCAAACACAGCCUCUAAAUUAUCCAGUGGAGCUCCAGCUGCAUCAAAUGCUCAAGGAGUGUCAGGAUUUCGGGCUGAGUCUGCCAAGAAGGACGGAAUGUGGGACUGCAACUCCUGUUUGGUCAGAAAUGAAGCCUCAGCAGCUCAGUGUGCCUCCUGCAAAUCUCCAAAUCCAAACCCUUCUUUAGAGACCAUGUUUGGCAAGAAAGAAGGAGAGUGGGACUGCGAUGUCUGCCUCGUGAGAAAUAAGGCCUCUUCUAAUGAAUGUGCGGCCUGUAAAACCCCAAACCCAAAUGCGAAAAGCUCAGUUACAGCAGCCCCCUCUGCCUCUUCUUUCAGUUUUAACUUUGCAAACAAGAGCUCAUCAAGCCAGCCCGCUGGAGGCGCAUUUACUUUUGGGAGCGGUGGGACUUUUCAGUUUGGACAAAGUAAAGAAAAGAAAUCAUCUGCUGCAAUAGAGUUUGAAGCUCCUCAGGCUGUUCCAACCACCACAAGCUCCUCUGGCUUUUCCUUUACAAUGCCCAUCCCAGCUGGUGGCUUCAAGUUUGGAGUUCAGGACUCUGUGGCAGAUUCUUCCUCAUCUGAUAAAGCACCUCCACCCGGGUCAGCCUCGACUGUCCUGAAAAACAUGGCUGACAAACACAAACAGAAUGAAACUGUGUCCACGCCUUCAGUGGACCAAAAGGAAAAGGAUCUCAAUCCAUUAAUAGCUGGAAACACAGAUGCCUUCAGUUUUGCAGACUUGGCCCAGUCCUCAGAUGGAACCUUCCAGUUUGGCCAGAAAGAUCCAAAUUUCAAAGGUUUCUCUAGGGCAGGGGAGCAGGUAUUCUCAUUCUCACAGACGACCCCCACGAAGGCAGACACCUCAAAUGACCUGGAAGACGAAGGCAUGUAUAAAACGGAAGAGCAUGACGACAUCCAGUUUGAACCAGUGAUCCAGAUGCCUGAGAAGGUGGACCUGGUGACGGGUGAGGAAGACGAACAGGUCCUCUACUCCCAACGAGUCAAACUGUUUCGAUUCGACACCGCCACCAGUCAGUGGAAAGAACGUGGCGUUGGGGUCCUCAAGUUCCUGAAGAACAACACAAACGGCCGACUGAGGGUGCUCAUGAGAAGGGAACAAGUGCUGAAGGUUUGCGCCAACCACUGGAUCACCACCACUACUAACCUGAAGCCCCUGGCUGGCUCAGACAAGGCCUGGAUGUGGCUGGCCAAUGACUUCUCAGAUGGAGACGCUAAACUGGAACAGUUGGCUGCCAAAUUUAAAACCACGGAGAUGGCAAAGGAGUUCAAAGAGAAGUUUGAUGAGUGUCAGCGACUUCUUUUGGAUAUACCCCUGCAGACUCCCCAUAAGCUUGUGGACACUGGCCGAACAGCUCACCUCAUCAAGAAAGCUGAAGAGAUGAAGUCAGGUUUGAAAGACUUGAAGUCCUUUUUGACCGACGAGAAGACGAAGAUCCAAGAUGACGAUACGCAGAGGGACGUCUCUGCCACAGGCGAAAUGUCCGGUCUGGGGAUAAGAACUCACGGGGAAACCACAGGCCCUACAUUGGAGUGGGAUAAUUAUGACCUACGAGAGGAAGCUUUGGAUGAUACUGCUGACUCCUCCAUCUACACCACCCCUGUAGCCAGCAGCCCCCUGAGAAAGAACCUCUUCCGCUUUGGAGAAUCCACAGGUGGGUUCAGCUUCAGUUUCCAACCUGGAAUCAGCCCUUCCAAGUCUCCUGCAAAGCUCAACCUGAGCAGAGCCUCAGUGGGUACCGAUGAGGAGCAGGACACGACUCAGGACGAGGAGCGAGACGGACAGUACUUUGAACCAGUGGUGCCUUUGCCUGACUUGGUGGAGAUUUCUACGGGGGAGGAAAAUGAGCAGGUGGUCUUUAGCCAUAGAGCCAAACUGUAUCGCUAUGACAAAGAGAUUAAGCAGUGGAAGGAGAGGGGCAUUGGAGACCUCAAGAUUCUGCAGAAUUAUGACACCAAACGAGUCAGGUUGAUAAUGAGGAGAGAUCAGGUACUGAAGCUCUGUGCCAACCACUGGAUCUCUGCCGCCAUGAAGCUGGAGCCCAUGAAGGGAGCAGAGAAGGCCUGGGUCUGGAGUGCCUUGGACUUUGCUGAAGAAGGGGACGGUAAAGUUGAGCAGCUGGCUGUAAGGUUUAAGACACAAGAGUCAGCGAGCACAUUCAAACAGGUCUUUGAAGAGGCCAAGGUGUCUCAUGAAAAAGCAGAACUAAUGACUCCUGUGACGGCAAGAGUCCCUACAACACCAGAAAGCGGUCCGGCAGCACCAUCUGAAUGCACUACUGCGUCUCUCUGUGGGCCUGCAGCAAUUGCUGUUCUGGAGGAGACGACGCGGGAGCGAACAGCAACUCCCCCUGUUACCAAGCCAACUGCAGCCGGAUCCACAAGUCCAAUCAAUCCCACGAAGACCGUGGUGUCCCCACCAAAGUUUGUCUUCGGCACUGAUUCUGUUCAGAAGAUCUUUGGUUCUCCUAAAUCAGAGUCCCAAGCAUCUGCAUCUGUGACGAGUUUGACGGCCAAAGAAGGUGGAAGCUCCUCCAAGCCUGUUACUGCUCCAGCAUUCAAAAUGCACACAGGCUCUCCUCAGGCUGCAGCUUCCAGCUCAGGGUCCGGUGACGACUCUGAUGUGGAGAUCGUGUUUGUCAGAGAGCCCACUGCUGAACAGGCCGCCUUAGCCAGGAAACUCAUGCUGCCUCUCACCUUCUUCUGCUACAAGAAUGAGCCAGGCUACACCAGUGACGAUGAACCUGAUGACGAGGAUUUCGAGUCGGCUGUUAGAGCCCUGAAUGGAAAGCUUUACCCCGACCCUCCUGAAGCUGCAGCAGCGGCUUGUUCUGAGGAGUCAGACUGUCAGUUUGUUUGGGAAAAGAAACCAACCCCAGAGGAAGAGGUGAAGGCAAAGAGCCUCCAGCUUCCACCCACCUUCUUCUGUGGCCUGAGCACCACGGACAGCGACCCAGACGCCGAUGAGCCUGAAGACUUCGAGACGGAAGUUCGUAAAGCCCACCGAGACCUGGCUGCCCAGUUAAGCAGAGCUGAGCCUGCCUCAAGUGGUCCUGCAGAAUCCUCACAAACCUCGACCUCCAUCCCAUCGCCCAGCUAUGCAGAAGCUGCAGAGGCCAAACCCUCUGCAAAAGAGCAACCAGCAGAAAAGCUCAGUGAGACUCUGAGUGAAACCCCCAGUAGCAGCAGCAGCGCUCCUAUUGACCUUUCUACAAAGAAGAGUCCAGAACCAGAGUCCAAAACCGAGACGGGACCUAUAGCAACACCUACCACUACAGCCGCUCAAGACUCUUCUGCCUUUGGCUUCAACUCGCUCGGUGGUGGAUUUUCUUUUGCUGACCUUGCCAAAAAUACAGAAGGAUUUGCAUUUGGAUCUCAAGAUGCCAAUUUCUCCUGGGCAAAUGCUGGAGCGACUGUAUUUGGGGCUACGGUGUCCUCUGAGGUUAAAAAUGCUGACGGUGAGGAGGGAAGUGAUGAAGAGGAGGCUUCCAACAACGCGGACAUCCACUUUGAGCCAAUCGUUUCCCUACCUGAGGUUGAAACAAAGUCUGGAGAGGAGGACGAGGAAAUCCUGUUCAAAGAGCGAGCCAAGUUGUACCGAUGGGACCGUGACCUUGGGCAGUGGAAGGAGCGCGGCAUCGGCGACCUGAAGAUCCUCUUCCACCCAACCAAACACUUCUAUCGUAUCCUCAUGCGAAGAGAGCAAGUGCUGAGGGUUUGUGCCAAUCACACCAUCUUGCAGUCGAUGGAGCUCAAACCCAUGAACACAUCAGCCAACGCGCUUGUCUGGACCGCCACUGACUACUCAGACGGUGAAGGUGUGGUGGAGCAGCUGGCAGCCAAGUUCAAAACAGCCGAGAUAGCAGAGUCUUUUAAGAAGACCUUCUGUGAAUGUCAGAACCGCCUCGAGCAAACCGGUGACGACGCUUCGUCCUCCUCAGUGCCACACAUGUCCAGAGUCCAGGAGCACUCCAAAGACACUAACCCGCUGGUGUUCCUCAAAGUGGCCGCUGAUGGUGAACCACUGGGCAACAUCACCAUUGAGCUGUUCUCACAUAUUGUUCCCAAGACUGCAGAGAACUUUAGGGUUCUGUGCACUGGAGAGAAAGGUUUCGGACUGAAGAACUCCAUCUUCCAUAGGAUCAUACCAGACUUCAUGUGUCAGGGAGGUGACAUCACCAAGAGUGAUGGCACUGGUGGCAAAUCCAUCUAUGGUGCCGCUUUUGAGGACGAAAACUUCGACGUCCGGCACACUGGACCCGGCAUCCUGUCCAUGGCAAACCGUGGACGGGACACCAACAACUCGCAGUUCUUCAUAACGCUGAAGAAAGCAGAACAUUUGGACUUCAAACAUGUAGCGUUUGGUUUUGUUCGGGACGGGAUGAAUGUGGUACAGCAGAUGGGACAGUUGGGCUCCAAGGGAGGACCUCCCACUAAGAAGUUGGUUAUCACAGAGUGCGGCCAGCUGUAGCUGCUCCCAAUGGAAGACUCUGAUUUGCAGCUUUGGUGAUGUUCAAAGGAAGUUGGCACACCCCUGGAAAAACACACUUCCUGGAUCAUAAGACUAAUUCCAAGUAAAAUCUACUAGAUUUUUGAAAUUGGGAAAUUUCUCUACCAAGGAGUCAUAGAUUGUUGGGAGUAACCUUUUGGAGUGAAUUUGGAUUGUCACUGCUGUUUGCAUUUCACAGAUGUUUAUUUUUUUGUGUGUAAUAUUGUAAAUGUUAUUCUUCUAUUUUUUUGUUAUUUGUCUGUUGUACCAUGUUUUAAUAUUUUUUUUUUAACUUGAGUUUACUUUACAGUCCCCCACUGCUCCUAAAUGUACCAUUUUCUAUAGGACACCCUGUUUAUUGUUCUUGGUGUAAGUUGACUUCACAAUGCAAGUAAUUGGAUUCAAAAAUGUUUCCCCUUUAAGCGAAUGGUAUCCAAUAGUUUUAUUUUCCAGGGAGAUUGAGCAUCUGUAUAGAUGCUGAAUUGAGAUGACCAAUAAAAGUUGCUUGUUGUAAUGAAGUAAUUUGCUGAUAACUGAAAUAAAUUUGCUUU